GAGGGCCAGGCACCUCUGCGGAGCCCUGAGCAGCUCACGGCUUUUGUCUGAGGUCCAUAGUGCUGUGCCGGCCAAGCGUCCCCUGAGUCUCCGGGGAGAGGAAUGGAUUCUGCCAUGGAAGCCUUCAGCUCCCCAGUCUUGAGGAUGACGCAUCUGCCCCAAACCCUGACCCUUCACCUGAUGCGAUUCUCCAUUCGGAACUCACAGACGGAGAAAGUCUGCCACUUGCUGCACUUCCCUCAGCGCUUGGAUCUCAGUCAGGUUCUUCUGGCUGAGCAUCAAGACUUCACUGAGGACGCAGAGCAGCGUGAAGCACAGUAUGAACUCUUCGCUGUGAUAGCCCACGUAGGGAUGGCAGACUUCGGUCAUUACUGUGCCUACAUUCGGAAUCCAGCGGAUGGAAGAUGGCUCUGCUUCAAUGACUCCAAUGUUUGUUGGGUGUCCUGGGAAGACGUCCAGUGUACCUAUGGAAAUCAUCACUACCGCUGGCAGGAAACUGCAUAUCUUCUGGUUUACAUGAAGAUUAGAGGUUAAUGGAUAUACUCUAAACCUUCAGAGACUGACAAAUUCAUUUCUUUUCCUGUCAUUGGAUCUGCUGAGUCUUCUAGGAGAUUCUACAAUGAGGAAAAACAUAAAAACUGUAAUAAUUUAAGUC